CAAUCCAUCCUAGAAGGAUGGUUUGGCUUCUCGAUGAUCAUUGGGACAAACAACACCGGUCGUACGCUAUGUCGGUGGAGCAGCGGGAGCUUGCACCUCUGAAGCUUCGGUCUCACGAGGUCACCCUUGGAUGGAUGCGCUAUGAUGAGCGGUACACACCGUAUGUAAGGGAGGCAGGACUUCUCCCUUUCAUUCAGUUGGUCCGCCGGUCGACGCCACCCAACAAUGCUGCAGCACUCACCGCGCUUAUUGAUCAUUGGAGGCCAGAGACACACACUUUCCAUCUUCGGACCGGGGAGAUGACCGUGACGCUCCAGGAUAUUGCUAUGAUCACCGGUCUUCCUAUCGAUGGGAAUCCUUUAUGUAUGAACACCGAUUCUAAUGGGUGGCGCGCGCAGAUGCAUGCCCUUAUCGGUAUGGUUCCUCCGGAGCCUCGGGAACCAGAAGCAGAAGACAAGAAGAAGGAAAGAGUCGCAGCCGGCGCUACUUUCACGUGGAUAUCAUCGAACUUCAGUACUUGCCCUGAGGAUGCUAAUGAGGACACGGUGAAGACAUAUGCUCGUGUCUACAUGUGGUACGUGAUAUGCAGGACUAUGUUUGCUGAUGGCACAGGCAAGAAUGCUCCAUGGAUGUGGCUGAAGGCGUUGACCGUCUUCGAUAGCAAAUGGAGUUGGGGUUCGGCGACACUGGCUUACUUGUAUCGACAGUUGGACGAAGCCUGUUGUAGGCACACUGGAGGUAUUGGUGGUUGUCUGCUCGCACUUUCCAUAUGGAGCUGGGAGCGUGGAAUGGGAGCCGUAUGGAAAAGGAGAGAGUUUUGGUAA